UAGUCUUUCUUUCUAUUGGCUCUGGCCUAUUUUUAACACUACCUCGAAUUCUUGGCAAAAUGAUUGAUGAAUUUGACACUUCAAAACCAGAAGACAGAAAAACUGAGGGAGAUGAAGAAGCAAAAAAUGAAUUAAAUUUAUUUUCAAUAAUUCCUCAAAAGGAUACAAAAAAGAAAGAAAAUGAAAAAGAAGACGAUUUUCUUGGAAGAAUAGCACGUUAUCUUCGACACAAUCCAUGGGCUAUAGGUAUUAUUCUUGCUGUUGGGGCAUGUGCAAUUGGUGGACGUAUUUAUUUGAUGCAUACAACGAGUCAACUCAUAGUCAACGAUUUGCGUACAAACGUUUUCCGCAACAUUCUCCAACAAGAUAUGGCUUUCUUUGAUAAAAAUAAAGUUGGGGAAAUUGUAAGCCGGCUAUCUUCAGAUGCUUAUAUUGUUGGAAAUGCUCUUUCUACAAAUUUGGGUGAUGGUAUUCGUUCACUUUUCACUUCUUUUGUGACUGCAGGAAUGAUGGUAUAUACAUCACCAGAACUUUCUCUUCUGGGUCUAAUUGUCAUUCCUUUUAUUGCUGGAACUUUCUUAGUUUAUGGUAAAUGGAUAGGUUAUUAUGCUACUCAAAUGCAAGAAGCAAUUGCUGGAACUAAUGAGUUGGCAACUGAACGUCUCUCAAAUGUCAAAACUGUCAGAGUUUUUGUGGCAGAAAAUAAAGAAUUGAAAGCUUAUAGAAAUAAAAUUUCUGAUAUUUGGGAAAUUUCAAGAAAAGAAGGACGUGCUACUGCAUUUAUUGUUGGAGGUUAUUACAUUGUUGGAUAUGGCUUCCUUUCUUCUCUCCUCUAUUAUGGAAGUCAUUUAAUAAGUUGUGGCCUUCUCACUUAUGGCGAUUUGUCUUCAUUUGUUAUUUAUGCAAUUCUCUGUUCUGCAAACAUUUCAAACAUUCGAACUUUUUAUUCUGAACUUAUGCGUGGAUUGGGAUCGUCUUCACGUCUUUUUGAAUUGAGAGAUACAAAGCCAAAAAUUCCUUUGAGUGGUAAGUUGGGAAAGCCAGGCAUCUUGCGAACUGCGUGUUUGCUUUCAGUUAGAAUAUUCAAAAAAAUUUUUUUACUUAUAGGAGGUAUCUGUUUAACCGGCUUGAAGGAAGGAAUACGUUUUGAAAGUGUUGCAUUUUCAUAUCCUGAUCGUGACCCAAUUUUUAAUGAUAUAACUUUUAAAAUACCUGUUGGUUCUACAACAGCAAUUGUUGGAUCCUCAGGCUGUGGAAAAUCAACAAUUGCACAUUUAUUGUUAAGGCUAUAUUCCCCAACUCAAGGACGUAUUUUAAUUGAUGGACAAGAUAUGAAAAAUAUAGACCCUUCAGAGUGGCGAAAAAUGUGUGGAGUAGUAAGUCAAGAACCUGUCCUUUUCUCUGCUACAAUAAAAGAAAAUAUUUUGUAUGGAGUUCCAGAAGGUGUAGAAAUUGGGGAUGAAGAGAUUGAAAAAGCUGCUAAACUUUCAAACUCUUUAGAAUUUAUUCGUUCAUUUCCUCAAGGAUUUGAUACAAUGGUUGGGGAACAUGGAUCGUCUAUGUUAAGUGGAGGUCAACGACAACGAAUUGCUCUCGCUCGUGCAUUAAUUAUGAAACCUCGUUUUAUAAUAUUGGAUGAAGCAACAAGUGCUUUAGAUGCGACUAGUGAAUAUUUGGUCCGAAAAUCAUUAGAAGUAUUAUCAAAAAGUGGACAAACAAUUUUAAUAAUUGCCCAUCGUUUAUCAACAAUUAAACAUGCAGAACAAAUUGUUGUAUUGGAUAAAGGAAGUGUUGCAGAAAUGGGUUGUUUUGAUGAUUUAAUGAAUAUAAAAGAUGGAAUAUUUCAAAAAUUGGUAGAAAAACAAACUUUGGAUUGGAAAUUUGAUAGGUUUUAG